AUGGGUUUUUGUUGGUUUUCCUGAUCGGCGUUGGAAGAAGGAAUUGGGCGAGACUGGAAGACGAAUCUAGGUCUUGCGUCCUCAUCUAGGAACUCCAUGGUUGAUUGAUUACAGUCGAAGAGGAUACAGAGACCCUGCACACGCUCUGACUCUACACGCAAGUCCGUCUACUUUUGAAAAACCUGUUAAUGCCCGCCUUUUGUUUCAGAGCCCUUAAAUUCUCUCUUCCAAGAACUUCACUCUACCUUCUUUUCUGUUCUCUCCAUGUUCGCUUUUUUAAUUCCCCAACAACAUUUUCGAAAACCCAUCAUGUUAAGCUCACAUUCAACGAGUACCAGCUCCUCCAAUGCCUAUCCAAGUGUAGGAUUCAAGAUGCAAACAACCUGCUCAACAAAAUGCCUGGGAGAAGUCCCCAUAGUCGUGUUGUUUAUUGGACUUCGUUGCUGACAAAAUACUCGAGAAGUGGCUUCAUCGAUGAAGCUCGAGCAGUCUUUGACAUCAUGCCUGAGAGAAAUAUUGUUAGUUAUAAUGCAAUGUUGUCAGGGUUUUUGCAGUGUGGGAAGCUUAGCGAGGCAAUGAGGUUGUUUGAAGAGAUGCCGGAGAGGAAUGUGGUUUCGUGGACUUCCAUGCUUUAUGGUCUGGCGGAUUCAGGAAUGAUUUAUGAGGCAAGAAGGUUGUUUGAGGAGAUGCCAGAAAGGAAUGUUGUUUCAUGGAAUGCUAUGAUUGCUGGGUUAAUUAGAAAUGGAGAUUUGGAGGAUGCAAGAUUGGUUUUUCAUAACAUGCCAGUCAAGAAUGUGGCUUCUUGGAAUGCCAUGAUUGCAGGGUACGUGGAGAAUGAUAGAAUAGAGGAAGCAAGGAUUUUAUUUGAAGAGAUGGAGGAUAGGAAUGUGAUUACUUGGACAAGCAUGAUAGCAGGUUAUUGUAGGGCAGGUGAAGUGGAGGAGGGAUAUUUUUUGUUUCAGAGGACUCCUAACAGAAACGUUGUUUCUUGGACAGCCAUGAUUGGUGGAUUCGCUUGGAAUGGCUUCUAUGAAGAUGCAUUGUUUCUUUUUCUAGAGAUGAAGAGGAGCUCUGACAUAAUACCAAAUGCAGAGACUUUAAUUUCACUUGCUUAUGCUUGUGCUGGUGUUGGAUUUCAUCUUCUUGGCAAGCAGUUACAUGCUCAGCUGAUAAUUAAAGGGUUAGAUAAUGAUGAUUAUGAUGGUCGGUUGUCAAAGAGCCUUAUUUACAUGUACUCUUCAUUUGGCUUCAUGGAUUGUGCACAUUUUAUUUUUAGUAAGAACUCAAAUAAUAAUGUUAUCCAGUCUUGCAACUGCAUGAUUAACGGUUAUAUUCGAAUAGGCCAACUAGAAAAAGCUCAAAAUUUGUUUGAUAUGAUGCCUAUCCGGGACAAGAUCACUUGGACUUCAAUGAUUGAUGGAUAUUUUAGAGCUGGAAAUGUAUCCAAAGCACGCUAUUUGUUCCAUAUCAUGCCUGAAAAGGAUGCAGUAGCAUGGACAGCAAUGAUUUCAGGGCAUGUGGAAAAUGAGCAUUUUGACGAAGCUACCUAUUUGUUCUCAGAUAUGCAGACUCAUGGUGUUAGUCCUCUAAGUUCUACCUAUUCUAUUCUCUUUGGAGCUGCAGGUGCAAUGGCAUGUCUUGAUCAGGGGAUGCAAUUUCAUGGUAUGCUGAUAAAGACACUAUCUGACAAGGACUUGAUUCUUGACAAUUCCCUGAUCUCAAUGUAUGCAAAAUGUGGUGAUAUACAAACUGCAUACAGAAUAUUCUCACACAUGACUUCUCAUGAUCUGAUUUCUUGGAACUCCAUGAUCAUGGGAUUUUCACACCAUGGGCUAGCAAAUGAAGCACUAAAAGUUUUUGAAGCCAUGCUGGAAUCUGGAACUCAUCCAAAUUCUGUUACCUUUCUGGGAAUCCUAUCAGCAUGUGGCCAUGCAGGGUUAAUCGCUCAAGGAUGGGAAUUACUUAACACAAUGACUAAUGUAUAUGCAAUUCAACCAGGUUUGGAGCAUUACAUUUGCAUGAUUAAUAUUUUGGGCCGAGCCGGGAAAGUGAAAGAAGCAGAAGAAUUCAUUUUGGGACUGCAAGUUGAAAGAAAUCAGGCUAUUUGGGGUGCAUUGCUUGGUGUAUGUAAUCUUGGUGAGAAAAAUGCAGACAUUGCUGAAAGAGCUGCCACAAGGCUUCUUGAGGUGGACCCACUGAAUGCAUCUGCCCAUGUACUGCUGUCCAAUAUAUAUGCUGCAAGUGGCCAACAUGUUGAGGUGCAAAAUUUGAGGAAGGAGAUGUGCUUGAAGGGUUUGAGGAAGGUUCCAGGAUGCAGUUGGAUAGUGAUAAAUGGAAGGGCUAAUGUCUUUCUUUCAGGAGAUAAAUUAGACUCAGAGGUGACUGAAAUGUUAUUAUUCUUAUCUCACUUUGGUGAUGGAUGAUAAAAGAAGUAAUGACCUGUUUGGUUUAGCAAUUAGAUAUAACGGUUGAUAAUUGAUUUUGCAUUUGUUAAAUUAGAUUUAUCGGU